CGAAUAACACGUAUUUCGUAUAGUCCGGCACGAGAGGUUCAAGAGGAGACAAAGUGAAAAAGAUCGGUGAAAAGGAAAAAAAAAUUGUCAGUGUCGAUGAGUCCGGAUGGUGGUAAACCGGUCUGAGAAUGAAGGCGAUUGGCGGGAUUCUGGCGUGCGUGCUAUUGGUAGCGGUAAUCGCAAAAAAUGUAAUUGCAACGAGUGCCGCGAAUAUUAAAUUUACAACGGGACAAAAUAACAAAAUCGUACAAUUCAAUACUACGAGGCUAGAAUUGAUUCCGGAACCAUCACCGCUGAAUGUUGAAGACUCUCGAGAUAUACUGGAUACCGUAUUUGAAAACAAAAAUGAUCAAGACAUUGGGAGAUUUAAAGAGGCUCGGACUUUUGGAAAAAUUCGAAGAUUGCAGUUCAUGUUGAUGCCGAUGAUAUACAAAAUGGGAGUAAUGAUGACAAUGUUGAUGGUGCUAACAGCAAUCUCAGUAAAGGGACUUUUCGUUGGCAUUAUACUGUUGAUACUUAAACUCAGCAGUUUUCUAGCGAAAUUUUAUUCCGGCUCGCACGCAUCAUCGCAACCAAUUCACCUACACAUUCACAAUAGUUCUCCAUACGUUCAACCGCAAAUGUAUCAUAAUUGGGUACCGUCGAGUGGUCCCGAGGAUCAUUAUUAUUGAAAGAGAGAUAAAUCAUACGUAAAAAUAUUUUUCCGUUUCUUUUUUCUCCGAAUUAUGAAAAUUUUAUUAACAAGUCAUAACAAAAAGAAGAUUUUAACAAAAAUCAAUAGUACUCGAAAAAAAAUCUGUAUUAUUUGUAUAAGUUAUUAGAUAAUUCUUUUUUCAUUUAUUAAUUUUUAUUCGGAUAUUUUUAUUAAUACCCGAUGAAUCUAUGGAUUAUAAUAUUUAUCACAGCCGCUAUUCAGACUAUUUUUUGCAAAACUUUAUCUGUAUAUAUUUCGUUUGAAAUCACUCUUUCUAUUUUCAUGUGUAAAUGUAAGAACUACUUUUAUGGAUAUACCAAAGGAAUCUAACUUAUUAAGACCGCAGAGGCGAAUAAUUAAUAUAUGAAUUUUCUUUUCUAGAAGAAAUACGAGUAGCGUUUUCAUAUAACGCAAUAAGCAUUUGAUUCUUAAUAAUUUAUUGAUAAUUUAUAGCAAAAUAAAUUCUUUUUACGCACAUACACAUGUAUUUAAAAUGUGCCACAUGUGAUAAAUCUUCAAAAUUCGUCAAUAUCCAAUGCACAUUGCAUGGCGAAUUAAAAAAUGUAACCAUCAAACAGUGAUUUGAUAUAAAAGGUACUAAUUUAAUUAUAAGAAAUCAUAAAAAAUAUUUAUAAUUUAGAAUCAAAUUUUUCUAUACAUAUACCAAAACAAAAAAUAUUUAUAUGUUUAAGAAUUAAAACCGCAUACCUCACAUGUUACCAGUAAAGAUAUAUUUAUUGGUCACUUUGU